GGCGGCGUCGUUCGACGUGGAUGGUCGAAUCCGAAUUUAUUAGAAUAAACGUCUGACUGACGGACUGAGUACAUCGGAGGGCAACGAUCCAUGAUCAUGGAAUUCUCAGACCUGCAACGGAGCUGGUCUGACCGCUUCCCCCAGGAUAAAUUAUCGCUGAUAUUCGAGGAGGAUAUCAAAACUCUCUUGACCACCCACAGGGCGAGGGUGGGUCAACUCCGCAAGGAACUCGCGCAGGAAGAAUUCUUGGUGGAAUAUUUCGAAAAAGCUCUCAGCGAUGAACGACAACGCAGACGUAGCGUCACCUCAGAAGAGACUCGAUCCCCUCUCGGUCCGCUAUCCCGGGAGAAUUCAUUGAAGGGCGACCCGAGAGCAGAUCCGUGCGCCGAUCCGGAAAAUUUCGUGACAGUGAUCGCUGUGUCGUCAUCCGAGGAAGAGGUUCGACCUCUGAAGAAGAAGCCUCCGGCACCACCUCCGAAGCGGGUUGCCGCCAAAUGGCCGCCCGCAUCGGUGGUCAGCUCUCUGGGGCUCGGCUCAGCCUCGGCUCCUUCGACUCCCACAGCUGACGAAUCGCCUUCGGACGGGGGACCGGCAGCCGCAAUGUCCACGUUCGGCAAGGCCAGCGAGCGAAAAUUCCAUUCCCAACUGUCGAAUCAGUCAACUUCUUCGAACACAUCGGCGUUCCACCUAGCCCUGAACAAUUUCAGCAGCCGAGAGGCGUCGACAGAGCCCUCGACCCCCGUCGGCGGGUCGGCUAAACCCCUCCGGCCGAUGACCACCGCCGGCGGGACGUCGGCGAGCGAUCUGAGUUCGCAGUCGAAAUCGAAUGACUCGUCGCUCGAACGAAACACGAAUACCGUACAGAGUACGGACUCCUCUCUCGAGCGCAAGUCAAUCCUUUCAAUUGGCCAGCACGUCGAACGGAGCGGAAGUAGCUGUAAAUUGGACCGGCACACAUCGAAUGCGUCAUCGCUCGGAAGGCCGUCGGAUACCGAGGGUAGUAGCGGCGGCGGUGGUGGUUACGGCGGCGGUGGCGGCAACGGCGGUGAUAUCAAGAAAUCUUCGACGCUCCAUCUACUUAAGGAUCAUAAUAGCAAAGAGAUUUCGGGGGAUUUCUCCGACACGCAGCUCGACUUCGAGGCAGGUUCUCAUCGGAAGCUCGAUAAAACUUCGACGCUUAGCUCCAACGACAGCUCUUUCGAUGGGCUGGACGAUGCGCCGAUCUAUGACACGGUCGCCGCCGACGAGGACGAAGACUACGAUGGGGUGCGCUGUACUAGCGAACAGGACUACGUCGAAUUCGGAGGCUACGGGAGAAUUCCGGCCUCCCUCGUCACCGACUCUACCGAAGAGGACAGCGACACCGAAGACCAGCCCCGUCGGAGGAAAAUCUUGAAUAAGAUGAAGAGCUGCGAAGAUUUGACUUGUACGACCAGCCUCCCGAUCGGCGGCAGCGGCAGCAGCGGUCUGAUAGAAGCGAAACCGACGAGAAAGCCACCGCCAGUUCCCGGGAAGUCAGAGGCCGCCGCGGCUCCCCAGAUUCCCUUGAGAAGAGGGAAAUCAGAAGAACGUUUAGACGGAGACUCAGGUGUCUACAGCAGUUCCAUGGAAUCGUAUCUGUCUUCGAAGACUUCACCUCAGUUCCGCCCGAAGAAAAGCAAAGAGAAACACGAGAACGAGAUCCCCGAGAAACAACUCCGAAAAUCCACGGGCUCAAACGGCUCAUUAGCCGAAGACGACCGGGAAAUCGACAAUGUGAAUUCCUCCAAUAUCCUCACUCAGGUCAAGAAGAUCGUCGAAUCUGUCAUAGAGAGCGAGACCGCUUAUGUCGACUGUCUUGACGUCCUGUAUCAAUACGGAAAAGCUUUGAGCUCGGCGACAAAAACGAAUCAGGCGGUACUUUCGCGGGAGGACGUCGACACAAUUUUUUUCAAAAUCGAACAGCUGCUCGACGUCCACAGAAACUUUAGGGAUGGUCUGCGACGAAAUCUUCAGCAGGUCUCAAACAGCCCGAAUCAGCAGGGAUGCGAGAUCCGGCGGCCUUCGAUCGGGGAGAACUUCAAGUUCCUGGCGAGCAGACUCGAAGUAUACAAUUUGUUCCUGCAGAACUACUCGAAAGCAAUCGAUGCGGUCCGAAGAUGCUCUCAGAACAAUGCCAAGUUUGAGGAGCUUUCCAAAAACAUGAAGAUGAAGGGUCAGACGACGUCUUUGGAAAAUCUGCUCCACAAGCCUGUAGCUCGCAUUCAAAAAAAUGCGCUUGUCAUUGACGAUCUUCUUCGGGCAACAUCGGCGCAGCAUCAAGACUACAAUAACCUCAAAGUCGCGUCAAAGCUGACACAGCGCUUCCUUGAGAACCUCAAGAUGAACAGCACAUUGGAGAGCAUGUUUCCGGUGAGUACAUUCCUGUUUUCCGACCGCGUUUUGCGUCACGUCGUCCGCAACGUAUUCAUGGUACAGCUCGACGGCCGUCGAAAACUACGACAUUUGUUUCUGUUCAAUGAUGUUCUUGUUUGCGCGAAAUGUAAGAGCAACGGCAGAACUCGCUACCUCGAGGUUAAAUGGUUCAUCCCUCUCAAUGAGGUUACCCUGCUGGACCCCGAGGCCUCAGCUGAGCCCAUUCGCGAGCAGCAUCCCACCAAUGUGUGCCAGUUGAGAAGUCGCGCCAACAGCAUCAGAGAUCAGAUUCGAAAGUUGGAAAACAAGCGAGGCCCCGUCGGCUGUCAAGGGGGAGUAAUCACGUCCCGGAACAUGGACAAGCUCCGGAGGAAAUUGUCCGAUCUCGAGGCCGCUCUGAUGCUGCACUCUCCCAACCUGCCAUUCAAGAUUGGGCACAAGAACAAUAAAGUGUACCAAUUUUUCGUAUCGUCCGAGUUCGAGCGUCAGCAGUGGAUCGAGGCCAUAUACGCACUUCAAGCCCAACAGCCCGCGCAAGGUGGCGCAAUGCUUUCUAACCAGGCGCCCCCCACGGUGUACGAACUGAACUCGUGUAUAGCGUCAGCGGGCAACAAGAACACUCUGGGGAACAACGCCCGCGCAUCCGACGAUAUGCUUCUCGGAGAGCUUCAUCUGCGAGUGAACAGUCUCCACGGCGGCGAAGGUCUCCGCCAAGCCGCAGUUCACAUAUGUUUCGAGAUCGAUUCUUAUGGGCACUUCUUCCGCAAGGGACGGACGAAGACCGUCGAUCUGGGCGGUGGGGAAGCCAAAUUCAAUCAAGAGAUCAUCAUGGACGUGGAUGGAUCCCAAACGCUACGAAUUCUCUUCUACGAGGAAACGCAGCAGGGACCAUCGCUGAGGGGAAAGGCGACGUUCGAGCUGAGCAAGUCCUGGCUCACGGAUCAAUUCCAGGACAAGUCCAUAAGUCUACAAGAACACACGUUGAACCUUUCGAUCAAAUACGUGCCGUAUCAAGUGUGCCUUCGACGAAACCUAGAUAGUAAACCCGUUGGGACCUUCGGAUUGAAGAUCGAACAGGUUUGCAAAAAAGAGAAAUCGACCGUGCCAUUCCUCAUCGGAUGUUGUGUCCGAGAAGUAGAGAAACGUGGGAUCAACGAAGUAGGAAUCUAUCGAAUAUCCGGCUCGAACUCCGAUGUUCAGCGUUUGCGGAAAUCGUUCGAGAGCAAUCCCUACGAAGCGGAGCAAUUGCUGAAGGAGGUCGAUGUUAACGCAGUCGCUCAUCUACUGAAAUUAUAUCUCCGGGAGCUACCCGAAGCGCUUUUUACGGACGAGCUCUAUCCGGACUUCUUCGAAGCCCUGAGUAAACCAGAUCCGGACGAGAAGAGCUCAGAAUUACUGGCGUUAUUUCAACGGCUCCCGGCCAUCAACCGCAACAUCGUGAUGCAUUUGGUCGAACACAUGGUCGUAAUUAAUAAGCACGAGGAGCACAACAAGAUGUCGAUCAACAAUUUGGCGACUGUUUUCGGACCUACCUUGAUAAGACCCGGCGCAGGGAACGCCAGUCACGAUAAAGAUUUGCUCACGACUGGGACCGUGGACGUCAUGGCGCAAGCAGGUAUACUCCAUUUCUUCCUGAAACGGCGGGUCAGUGGAAUGCCAUUGGAAGAACCCAUCGAGUCUGCUCACAUGUGAACAAUGGUUGUCAGACACGGGGCUCAGGUUCAAUGAAGAGGGAGACUGCUCUGAUUCAGUCAGAUACCUUCAAACGAUGCGUCGUCACGACUGACCACCUCCUCAGGCUUCGUCAUACCUCAUUCCUUUCAUCCGUCGUCGUCGUCGUCGGAACCUCUCGCGAGUUUCAUCAGCCUUCUCAAAAUGAUCAGUAUUCACGAUUCUGCCACCGGAGCGGGUGGUUCCUUAUGCUGUGCUUCUAUUUUUUUCAAUGUAGGCAUCCCGAACCCCGAGGGCGCAAAAGCUGUGACGUGAGUCCUGGCGGUGAUAAGCUUCAAUAUCCAUAGAAGAGGAAUCCCGAUCGAGGGAGGCUUCUCGGGAUAACUUCCUAGGGAAAAUCCGAGUGAGACUCGUUUUCCGCGAUUCUGACCAAACUGCAUCAACAACGUCUUAUACUAAGCUUUUGAAGCUCCAGCGAGACAAACGCAGUGGUCUUCGUAUUUUUGCUAUGCGUAACUUCUAUGUUAGGGGGCGUCAGCGUUCGACGCCCUCGACCAUCAGGGGAAUUUCAUGUCUCGCGCCGGAGUGCUUGAAUACUUCAUUUCUCCGAGGAGUUGGGACGAAGUCCAAGUCUGAGUGUAUCUUACUAUAACGGAACAGCGUUGAUCGAGAAAAGCAGAACGUUUGUGUGAAUCUUCUUCACCUAAGGGUCAGCGAGUAUAUUUAAGGAUUUGAACGAUGCGCAUCUGUGAAUGGUAGCUUUGGCAGUAUGGAAGCAUAAAUAAUCAACCAUGGAAGUCAGAUGUAAUUUUCGCACAAGAUAAAUACACCCUAUCAUAAUUUAU